UGUCCUGGUAUGCUCUGUUUGGCAGCAAGGAGAUGUGAUGUCUUUCAAGACUGAUCUUGCUCUGCAUGGUAUCAGAGAGGCCGUCGUCCCUGACUGAAGAUAGCAAGGGCGACACGAGUCCGCCGUCCUUCCUACACGUCCACGUCCACCUCAGCUCCCCAGCAACGUGGCUGAGCACUCUGAGAACGUCAGCACAGUCUGGGGAGUGAGGCUGAUGCGAGGGUGGCUGUGAGACUGAUGGGAGUGAGGCUGAUGCGAGGGUGGCUGUGAUACUGAUGGGAGUGAGGCUGAUGAGGCUGAUGCGAGUGUGGCUAGUAGUAGAGCAACUAGAGCAACUAGAGCACUAGAAUGUCCAUGUGGUACCAUUCUAGCUAUUAUCUUCGCCUCGUCACUCUAGACGUUUAGUGAAGCCAGAGCUGACUGUAGAUACUAUACUCCUAGUUGUUGCGUAAGUACCUCUGCACUGUAGACUGUAUGUGAUGGUACUUCUAGUAAGACUAGUCAGCCAUAUCACCCUUCUUCUCUCGAAAACGCGCUAGUGCCGAUGUGUGGCGCAGCGACGAAUGGGAAACAGCCCUCACUACUCCGUACUCUCAUCUUCAACUCUUCCUCAAUCUCGACAAUUGUACGAUACUCUGUACAAUUACACAAUUACUACUUAGAGACACAAGAGAUAUACACCAGCCAUACAUACACCCAGACACCCAUACGCCAAUACACCACAAACACCCCCCAGCGCCUUUUCACCUGGCCUUGCCUUGCCUUGCCUUGCCUUGCCUCGCCUCGCCUUGCCUUGCCUGGUUAACCUGACCGUAGCUGACCCCGUCCACCAAGCAGGCUUGCAACGAACACACACUCCCUCCCCCCAUCACGACCCCAAACAAAACAAAACCGACACCCACAUUCCCCAAACAAACCCUCACCAGCGACUCCACCGGCCGGAACUAGAAGCGACAUCCGCACCUUUGCGCCCGCUUGUACCACCACCUACCCACGCCGCGCCUGCCUCGUCUCGCAAUUGGCAACCUCGAGCUCUCCACGAGGGAGCCAGACAAUGAAGCGUUGAGCCAUCUAUCUAGUUCGGAUGCCCCUCAAGCGCGACCUAUACCCAUCCAAUCACACCCAUCCACGGCAUUGGCCCUCAUGGAGUCCUCCGACCAAGGAUCCGCUCCCACAGUCCCUACAGCGCUCAUGAGGAACAGCAUCCCCGACUCCGCGCCGCCGCUGCUCGCGCCCAGCACACCCCCCACCCCCGACCAAUCCACAACGCGCCCAUUGAAGCGCAGCCGCAUCGACUCGUCGCCCAAUCCCGCCACCGUAGCUGCCAUCGCUGACGCGGGCCUCACCGCCUCGCCACUAGCUAAAUCGCCUCGUUUCGGCACGAGUGUGUCGCCGCGAGCCUCGCCUGGUGGGGCGGCCAUAGACGACGAGCGCGAGCGCCUCCGACGAUCGGAGCAGGCGAAGGCGGUAGCGUCGGGGAAGGCGCCAGGCAAGAACCCAGGCCAUAAAGUCAUAUCAGCGCUCAUCUCGGGGUCAGGCGGGCGACAGGACGCACCGGCGGCGACGACGACGGUGAGCGAAGGGAUGGAGGUGGCGGCGACCGCGAUCUCGAUCCCGAGCCCGCUGCACUUUGAGGAUAAAUCGCAGAACAGCCCCGCGAGCGUGACGAGCCUCGGGAGCAUGGCGAGCACGGCGCAGACGGCCACGGCAAGCACGACGGGCAUUACGAGUCCGUCGAAUAUGAUGAAUAAUCCGGGAGAAGGGGGGGAGCAUCGAGAUAACGGAACGAACGGUGGCGGCGAGCCGCAGAGCGAUAACCCGUCAGCCCGCGCAUUCACAUUCCCCGGCAACGCCCUCGUUCGCCCCGAAGGCUUGCGCGACCCAAUGCGCGGCCUCUCCCUCCCCAUGUCCGGUCUAAACCAGCACCUCGCCCCCCGCUCGCCCUCACACAAGAAACACAAAUGCCCCUACUGCGACACGGAAUUCACGCGCCACCACAACCUCAAAUCUCACCUCCUCACGCACAGCCAGGAGAAGCCCUACGUCUGCAACACGUGCCAGAUGCGCUUUCGCCGGCUGCACGACCUCAAGCGCCACUCUAAACUGCAUACCGGCGAACGACCCCAUAUCUGCCCCAAGUGCGAUCGCAAGUUCGCGCGGGGCGACGCGCUGGCGCGGCACGCGAAGGGGCAGGGGGGGUGUGCGGGCAGGCGAGCGAGUAUGGGCAGUUUUGGCGGGGAUGAGGAGUAUGACGACCCGCACCUCGGGGAGGAUGGGGGGAUGGAGGGGGUUCUCUACGCGGAGCCCGUGGAGGGGGAUGCGGAGGAGGAGGAGAGACGGUAUAGUUUACCGAGUAUCAAGGCGCAGCAUGUUCAUGGCGGCGGUGGCGGGGGGCAGGAUCCGUAUGCGCCCCUCAUGCGAAGCACGCCGAAUACGUAUGCGCCUUCUGGACCGGGGAGGGGACAGUCGGGGCCUACGCCUUUUCAUCACCUCGCGCAGGGGGAACAUGGGAGUGGGAGUAGGGCCGGUUCGGGGGUGAUGAGUUUGGUGGGGGGGUUGGGUUCACAUACAACCAUGUCUACCGCGCCUAGCACGGGCAGCGUCGCGGGGGGCAACAAUAAUAACGGGGGAAACAACAAUCCCAUGCUCUUCGCACAAACACCCAUGACAGAAUCACCCAAACCAAUCAGCCCAGGCGCCAUGUCCUCUCUCCAACUCGGCCACGACCCGGCCUCCACCGCCUCAUCAUCGUUAAACCGCCAACGCUCACCUAGUCUAGCUACACAGGUCCAACAACGGGAUUUUGGACGCAGACAGCAGCAGGGCGGGGGGGAUAGGAUGGGAUCGACGGGGGGACAGGGACCGAAAUUACCCGCGCUGAGCGGUCUAGCCCCGCCCGAGGCACGGUUUAUGGUUCCUAGCCAAGCUGGCGCGAAUGGCACUUCUACCUCUACCUCUUCCUCCACCGCAUUCCGGGGGGCUCUACAGCAACAGCAACAAGGAGGGCCGGACGCUAGUAACAACCUCUUCUCCUCUGAACGGGGGGUGUGGACGUAUAUUCAGAGUUUGGAGGAGAAGGUUGAUAGGUUGACGGAGAGGGUGGUGGGGAUGGAGGGGGUGGAGAGGCGGCAGGAGGAACGGAUUAGGAAGUUGGUGGAGGAGGUGGAGGGGUUGAGGGGGGGAAGGCCGGGGUUGAAUAGGACGGGGUGA